AUGCGCACCCUUGCCCACCCGAACAGGCAGGUGCACCAAGCGGCUGCGCAGCCCUACCAGCCCUCCGAAGUCGAGAACAAGCACGAAGAGGAACUCGAUAAACAGACUGCUCUCACCAAGCGUCACGCCGAGGAGCACGCCGACGAGAAGCAAUCUCGCGUUCUUCUACUACAAGCCGCCGCAUUUCGUCACAAGCUCAGGGAUGUUGAGGCCAAACACGCCGCAGACCUCAAGGACAAAAAUGUCAACUCCGAGAUGGACGGCCUGGUCUUCACCAUUGGAACUAUGACAGAACUGUUGGAUCGUAUGAUGGCACUUCUGAUCGAGGUGAGCCAGGAGCUUGAAUUGGGCGAGGUCUAUCCCGGAGAAGAGUUCAUGCUCGCCCGAGUGCUCGGCUCCAUGAGGAGACGCAUCCUUGCCUCAGAGAAACUGAAAAUCAGUCUACACCAUCAGAUAGACCGACGAGUUCCUGAAAUCCUUGAAAGAGCGUUACCCUCAUCUACAAGCAUCGAGCUCAAGCUCGACCUAUUGUUCGACCGUGUCAACGCUGCUGUUCGCGAUCAGAAAAGUGCGGCGCAUGAUCAGCAAAAUGCGGCAGUUGCUGCUCUUGAGGGGGUCUUAGACGCCUACCUCCAAGAUGCAUGCACUAGUUUGGACCACCCCAAACUCUACGACGGCAGUACACAACAACGAGUCAAGACAUUUCUGGAGACAUUUGUCGCUCAGUAUCGCACCGACCAGGAUGUCUGUAGAGUGCUCUUAGAUGAGCUUCGCAUUUCCGCGAGCAACAAUUCCAUGAGCAUUUCUAGACAUUCUCAACGAUUCGACAUAUGCUUGCGUUCUUACAUCGACGCCGUUGACGCUAGGCUUGCGACCCGAGAUACGGUCUCACUUCGGUUACGAAAGAGCCUAUACCAGUUCGUCCAAGACGCGUUUGUCGCUGCGAGAGUCUCCACAGACAACUGGCCUCAAGCUUACGAGGAUGACGAUGCAGUUAACGUUGCGACCGUGGAAGGGUUCAUCGCCGAGCGUCUGGGCGCUUUCCAGCGAGCAAUCGAGCAGCAGCGUCAAGAAGUCAUAGAGGAAGGUGACCAGUCCAUUCGCGAAGGAAGUGUAGCAAUGGAUGCCCUGGCCAAGCGCGUCGGUGGAGGCGAAGCAGAGUGCGUCCCUACCAAGGAAGACUACGGUGCCUGGAUGACAACACGCCGGAUGGUGAUCGAGGAAGGAAUCAACAAUCUCAGCAAGAUUACCAACGACGCCGUUAGUGCGUGCAAGCGGACAACUUCGGCGGUCGAUGAUAUCCUCCAAGACCUAUUCAACGCGAACAAAGCCGAUAAGCCGGAAUGGAAGAUCAGGAAGGCAAUCCAAAAGGUCACUAAUUUAGAGGAAAUGGGCUUUGAUAACAUAUUCCUCACAUUGCUCGAUCAGGCGCGUAUACAGUUAUGA